CGUUGGUCUGUAUCUAUGGUUACAUGGUGGCACUUAUAAUCUUUGAAAUAACACAAUAAUUAAUAGGUCAAUUUUAUGACAAAGUUCAACAUUCAAGGUUUCAUAGGAUAUUUAUAGCGGUAAUUAGGCAUGUCAUUAACAAAAUCAACGAAAAGUUCAGUCACCAAAAAACGGGCACACCGUGAACUGUCAAAUGUUAUUGCCAUGUUCGAUCAUCUACAGAUACAAGAUUUCCGGAGAGCUUUUAACUUGGUGGACCAAAACAACGACGGACUUAUCGAUAAAAAAGAUUUGUACGACAUGCUGAUCUCUCUCGGUAUAAAACCCAAUGCCGAUCAUUUGGUGGAGAUGAUAAAUGAUGUUUCCAUUCCAAUUAAUUUCCAAAUGUUUCUGACGUUGUUUAGCAAAAGACUCCGUGGUACAGAUCCUGAAGAUGUCAUAAAAAAUGCUUUUAGCUGUUUUGACGAAAACAACGAAGGUUUUAUUGAUGUGGACAGACUACGUGAGCUUUUGGUUACGAUGGGAGAUAGAUUUACAGACGAAGACGUUGACGAGAUAUUUCACGAAGCUCCUAUUUCAGAAGGGAAGUUAAAUUAUAUUGAAUUCAUACGUGUUUUGAAACAUGGGGCAAAAGAGAUCGAUAAUGUAUAAAUUUUAUUUUGUUUACUGAAUACAUCAAUUGAGAUUUCACGCAAAAA